AUGGAGCCGCAGCCCGGCGGCGCGCGGAGCUGCCGGCGCGGGGCCCCCGGCGGCGCCUGUGACCUGGGCUCAGUGGCUGAGGUGGCACCCAUAAGCUUGGCCAUCCAUAGCACGACGGGUACCCGCUACGAGCUGUCGGUGCCGCCCGACGAGACAGUAGACGGGCUGCGCAAGCGGCUGUCCCAGCGCCUCAAAGUGCCCAAGGAGCGCCUGGCGCUCCUCCACAAAGACACCCGGCUCAGUUCGGGGAAGCUGCAGGAGUUCGGCGUGGGGGAUGGCAGCAAACUGACGCUGGUGCCCACGGUGGAGGCUGGCCUCAUGUCCCAGGCCUCACGUCCGGAACAGUCAGUGAUGCAAGCCCUGGAGAGCUUGACAGAGACCCAGGUUAGUGACUUCUUGUCGGGCCGCUCGCCGCUGACACUGGCCUUGCGUGUGGGCGACCACAUGAUGUUCGUGCAGCUGCAGCUCGCUGCCCAGCACGCACCCCUGCAGCAUCGACACGUGCUGGCGGCCGCAGCGGCCGCCGCAGCCGCAGCCCGCGGAGACCCCAACGUGGCUACCCCUGUGUCCUCACCUUGUCGGCCCGUGUCCAGCGCCACCCGUGUCCCCCCGGUGCCCAGCAGCCCUACGCCUACGUCCCCCUCACCUGUCACAGCCGGCUCCUUCCGAUCCCACGCAGCCUCCACCACCUGCUCCAAGCAGAUGGACUGUUCCCCCCCUGCCAGCAGCAGUCCCAGCACCACGUCCACCCCAGGGGGCAGCCCCACCCCCCGUCCUCGCAAACCUGGCGCUGUCAUCGAGAGCUUCGUGAACCAUGCCCCCGGGGUCUUCUCAGGGACCUUCUCCGGCACGCUACACCCCAACUGUCAGGACAGCAGUGGGCGGCCACGGCGCGACAUUGGCACCAUCCUACAGAUCCUCAAUGACCUCCUGAGUGCCACUCGGCACUACCAGGGCAUGCCCCCCUCGCUGACCCAACUGCGCUGCCAUGCCCAGUGUGCGCCUGCCACACCGGCCCCUGACCUCACCCCCAAGUCUACCUCCUGUGACAAGCUGCCUGCCACGCCCCCAGCCUCCCUGCUGCAGGGCCAGAGCCAGAUCCGUAUGUGCAAGCCGCCAGGGGACCGGCUGCGGCAGACAGAGAACCGCGCCACGCGCUGCAAGGUGGAGCGUCUGCAGCUGCUGCUCCAGCAGAAACGGCUGCGCCGGAAGGCCCGGCGUGACGCCCGUGGCCCCUACCACUGGCCACCCAGCCGCAAGGCCGGCCGGAGCGACAGCAGUGGCGGUGGGGGCAGCCCCAGCGAGGCCACUGCCCUAGGCCUCGACUUUGAGGACUCCGUCUGGAAGCCGGAAGUGAACCCUGAUAUCAAGUCUGAGUUUGUGGUGGCUUAG